UAUCCCCCACUCGCCAUCUCUCUCUCCUGCUCGUCAUCUCCAAUGGCUGGUCGCCGCUACGAGUGGAUCAACUGGGAUGGCCUUGGCAACGAGGCGGAGGAGGAUGCGGCCGAUUUGAACUACGACUACGAGUGGGUCGUACCCGACCAAGAUGAAGACGUGGCAGAGAGUUCCCACCGGCGUCGGGGAGGAAGGCUUGGCCUGGCAGGUGGAGUAAGGGGUCGGGACGUGGGACUUGGACGAGGAAAUGCUGGUCGAUCAGGACUUGGACGAGGAGGCGCUGGCGGAUCAGGACUUGGUCAGCAUGUACGUUCAGUCGUGAACCAAGCAAUGGUGGGGGGAAAUGGUGAGGGAGGCGGCAGGGAGGACGACGGGCAUGCACGCGGCAGCGGCGACCAUGCACGCGGUGGACGCCGGCUUGGACUUGCGGGGUCAAGGCGUGGCCCUAAUCCGGUGACAAGGUGGCCUGUUGAUCGUCCAACUGUAGAAGCACAAGAGAAUGGUGGAGUUGGUGAUUCUGAGGAGCAUGUAGAACAAGAACAAGAGGCAGAUAACAAUGUGGAAGGCGAUGGGAAUGGAGGAGCCUCAGGUAAACUAUAACCAAGAUUCUUUAACCAUGAAUUUAAUCUGUACAUGCAUAAUCACAUUGUUUAAUCAUCAAUUUAAUCUGCAGAUGCCAACGGUACAUUGACUAGGAAAAGAAGGUGGUAUCAACUCCGUGAGAAGCAUACUGUAUAUGCUAUGGUUCUAGAGAGGACCAAAGCUGGGGUAUUGAGUCCAGGAGUGUCCAAAGAAGUGUUUGAACUAACGGGUAUACCUCAGCGGACAGUGCAAAACUGGUGGAAGAAAUGUAAGGAAGCUGGUGGAAUACACGCACUGGAAAACAAACGGGCAAAAAACUGUGGCCGCAAGAGGAUAGAAUUCGAUCCGGAGGCUAUCAAACAAGUGGAUUUGAGGAAAAGAACAACUCUUAAAGAUUUGGCAAAUGAGUUGCACAUGGCGAAGACGACACUAUGGCGUCGUUUGAAGGAGGGCCUGUUGAGGCGUCACACAAAUGCCAUCAAAUCGACAUUGACGGAUGAAAACAAGGUAGGACGGGUAAGGUUUUGCUUGUCAAUGUUUGAUGAGCAUACUCUUCCUCAGGAUCCCAAAUUCAAAGAGAUGUACAACGUCAUUCACAUUGACGAGAAAUGGUUCUACCGUUCCCGCGGUAGCCAGAAUUACUAUUUGGCGAACGAUGAAGAAGAUCCAUACCGUAGCACGCAAAGCAAAAAUUUCAUUGAGAAGGUGAUGUUUUUGGCCGCGGUCGCUCGGCCACGCUUUGAUGCGAAUGGCACGAUGAUUUUUGAUGGAAAACUUGGGAUUUGGCCCUUCACAUACCAAGAAGCGGCAAAGAGAAAAAGCAAGAACAGAGAUGUUGGAACCAUGGUCACCAAAGUACUCCCUGCGGUUACUCAAAAUGUAGUCCGGGAGUACAUGAUUAAUUUUCUUAUUCCUGCGAUAAGGGCGAGAUGGCCUGCGGCUGAGCGUGGCAUGCCAAUAUAUGUACAACAGGAUAAUGCAAAGACGCAUAUCCCUUUAGAUGAUCCAGAAUUUGUCGCUGCGGCUCAAGCUGAAGGAUGGGACAUCCGUCUCACAUGCCAGCCUCCGAACUCCCCUGACCUAAAUAUUCUGGAUUUAGGUUUUUUUGCAGCGCUCCAGGCACUUUUUCAGAAGUUGUCUCCAGGUUCUAUUGAGGACAUUGUGUUGAAGGUGCAGCAGGCAUUCGAGGAGUAUCCAGCUGAGAGAAGCAACAGAAUUUUCCUCACUCUUCAAGCCUGCAUGAUAGAAGUGUUGAAGCAACUUGGAGGAAACCGCUACAAAGUUCCGCACAUGCGGAAGGCUGUGUGAGAGAGGCUUGGCGAUCUCCCCGUGGCACUACAAUGCGCCGCAAACAUUGUUAAUGAUGCCAUUGAAUCCUUACAUGAUGUUUAGUGAUCACCAUUCAACUCUUAGUGUUAGCCGUUGAAUGGUCUUGAAUAAUGUAAUCGAAUUAGCAAAGUACUAGAGUAUACUCGAUGGCAAUGUUUCAAUAAUCCUUAGUGGAUGGGUUUAUUCGGUUGGCUUGAAUAAUGUAACCGGAUUACUAGAGUAUACUCGAUGGCAAUGUUUCAAUAAUCUUGGCUUCAUGCUUUUUUUUACAGUCACUCGCAACAAUAGAAGUAGCACAAGUAAAUUUAUUUAUGCAAUUGAACGACAAAAUAGAGGUGCCACGAUAAAUUUAUUUGUGUUGUCGAUCAAAUAUUACAUGUCCGCGGACGUGUACUUCAUUUUCACAAACUCCCUAAUUUUUAAUCCCGCGUCCGAAUCGCUUCCAUUUAUUCUCGGAGCUACUCG